AUGCUGAAAGGUAUCAAGGUGACUUUUGAGUCGACUCAAAUGUCACUUCGUCAUGCUGAAAGGGUAUCCGUCUUUUUCUCUCCUUGUUUCCGUCCCUCUCUCCGUCCCCUGUCUCUGCCCGUUUCAACGUCCGUUUCCCCGCCCCUUUUUCCCCCCCCAAAUCUGGCAGCAGCUGUGGCCUUUCAGUCGAGCCAAGAGUCACCGGAGGGGCCAGCCACGCUAGCAGCACCUAUGGCGUUUGUGACACAACAGAGUCUAGACUCACCAGAGGUGGCUGUAAUGGGGAGGAGGAGACGGUUGCAGGAGGAAAGGGGGGGUUUAAGUCAGGAGGACGAUGAGGAUGAGAGGCGGCAGGAGGAAGAGGAGAGGAUGGAGGAGGAGUUGGAGAGGAAGGUGGAGGAGGAAGAGAAGGAGGAGGUGGAAGAGGAGAAGAGGGAGGAGGAGGAGGAGCAGCGAGGCAAAGGGGGGGAGGAACGGGAGGGGAGGGGAGAAGAGGAAGCAGGCGAGGUGGGGGAUAAGGGAAAGGGAGAAGAAGAGGAGCAGGACGAGGAGGGGGUGCUGGGGGAUGGGGAAGGGGAGGAGGAAAAGGAGGAGGGUGAGGGGGAGGAACAGAAGGAGGGGGAGGGGAAGGAAGGGGAGGAGGAGGAAGAGGAGGAAGAGGAGGGCGCACAAGGCAAGGGAGGAAGUGCAAGAAGCAAUGAAGGUUCCGGUGAUAGCAGUGGUGGCGGUGUCAGUAGUGCCGGUGGCACUGCUGUAGGUGUGGGUGGUGGUAGAAGCGAAAGUGGCCAAAGCAGCACGUUUGGUGGCUCUGGCGGUGUUGGUGGUGGUAACACUGGUGGAGCAGGAAUGGGAGGAGCAGGAAUGGGAAGGGGAGAAACAGGAGCAGGAGGGGGAGAAACAGGAGGAGGAGGAGAAACGGGAGGGGAAGAGGGCGGCAGGAGGCCGGGAGGGCGGCGCUACGUGCCGCCACUGGACGCCGUGAUUGCGAACGUGACGGGCGGCAGGGACCGUCCCAUUGUGGUGGUCACGGCUCGUGCUGUCAACCUGGAGUUCGUUCACAACUGGUACCUGUCGGUUCGGGGAAAGCGCAUGGGGCGGCGGGUGCUGUUCAUUGCUGAGGAUUACCACUCCUUCCGCCUGCUCAACCGCCAGUUCCCCAUGCAGACCGCUCUCAUCGUGACACCCAAGGGCGACCAGACAGCAGGCAUUGAGGACCGGCGCCCAUGGCACUUCCUUCGCCUUCUCCAACACAAUGUCUCCUUCCUCUACAAUGAUCCGGACAUGGUGUGGCUGCAGCUGCCCUUUGGGUACUUCAACGGUGAUUUCGACCUCUGGGCCGCCUCUUCCGCCCCCACCUUUGAUGCGCCUCAGCAGCCCACCGACGACGCCGCCGCCCCCACCACCAACCACCAUCUCCUCCGCCCCACACCUCUCCCACCCAACCAACCGCUCUCCACCGCUCUGCUCUACUUCCGCGCGUCCCCAGGCGCCAGGGCUGCGGUGCAGGCAUGGCAGGCAGAGCUUAAGUUUAUCGUCAUGAAGACGAGAAAGUUGGGUGUGCCGAUGAACCAGAGCGAGGGCGCGUUCAAUCGCGCGGUUCGAGGGGUCGGGAGCGCUGCUAGGGUCGCGCUGCUGCCGCAGCUGCUGUUCCCGUCGACGGCGCUGUAUUUCAGCGAUCCCGCAUUUCGUUCGGAUUUGGAAGCCAAGUCGAUAAGACCAGUGGUGCUACACAGCAGUGCAAUCGAGAACAGGCUUGAAAAGAAGAGCCUUCUAAAGAGUCAUGGCCUCUGGGUGCUCUCGGAUAAAUGGCAGCCAUUUGCCAUGGGAAGCUCCCAGAACUUUGGAGGAUGA